AGAAGUUUAAAUUAGUAUGUCAAAGUCAAAGUCAAAACUAGUGAUGGUAGUUGCAAAUCAAGUCAACAUGGAGUUGUAAGAAAAUAAUAACAAAAAGAUUUAUUAUAAGUUUAUUGUUAAACAUGAUAUGCUUGUUUAUUAGUUCAUCUUCUAAAAAUCGUAUUAACUUAUUAACAUAAAAUGUCUUCCAAAAGUGAAUUGAAAAAGUUAUCUGAAGAAAGUUUGACUCGUCAACCUGAAGAAGUGUUUGAUAUAAUAUGCAAACUAGGAGAGGGAUCAUAUGGAAGUGUAUACAAAGCGCUUCACAAAGAGUCUGGUCAAGUGUUAGCAAUAAAGCAAGUACCUGUAGAUACUGAUCUUCAAGAAAUUAUAAAAGAAAUCUCAAUUAUGCAGCAAUGUGAUAGUACAUAUGUUGUAAAAUACUAUGGCAGUUACUUCAAAAAUACUGAUCUGUGGAUUGUAAUGGAGUAUUGUGGGGCUGGUUCAGUAUCAGAUAUAAUGAGAUUACGGAAAAAGACUUUGGUUGAAGAUGAAAUUGCUACAAUUUUGUCUGAUACUCUGAAGGGUCUAGAGUAUUUACAUUUGAGAAGAAAAAUUCACAGAGACAUUAAAGCUGGUAAUAUUUUAUUAAAUUCUGAAGGGCAUGCCAAAUUAGCAGAUUUUGGUGUGGCUGGACAACUGACUGACACUAUGGCUAAAAGAAAUACUGUGAUUGGGACCCCAUUUUGGAUGGCACCUGAAGUGAUUCAAGAAAUAGGUUAUGAUUGUGUGGCAGACAUAUGGAGUCUCGGAAUAACUGCCUUAGAAAUGGCCGAAGGCAAACCACCUUAUGGAGAUAUUCACCCCAUGAGGGCUAUAUUCAUGAUACCAACAAAACCUCCGCCUUCAUUUAGGGAACCUGAUAAGUGGAGUGCUGAAUUUAUCGACUUUGUUAGUAUUUGUUUAAUAAAAAAUCCCGAGGAACGUGCCUCUGCCAGUGACCUUUUAACUCACGAAUUUAUUAAAAAUGCCAAACCCCCGAAUAUUUUGAAUAAUAUGAUACAAGAAGCUCAUGAAAUCAGAGAGAAUCAAAGUUACAAAAAUAUACACACGGCUGCAAAUGUGCAAGGACUGAAUAAAAGUAUAAACGAUGAAUCUGACGAAGACGUUGCCUUAGUAAAUCAAACCAUGGUUUCAUGCACUGAUGGUGGUACAUUAGUUCCUGGUAAAGGUGGUACUUUAUUAUCCAUGUCGCCAAGUGGCACUUUGGUAGAACUCGAGUCUGAGUUAGGAACUAUGGUUAUAAAUAAUGAUGUGGAUGAUCAAACUAUGAAACGUCAUGAUACGAAUUCUCAGGGUGGUAAAAAGUAUAGGCCAAUGUUUUUAGAUCAUUUUGAUAAAAAAGAUGCCGAAGUGAAGGGUAAUGGAGUUGCUAGUCCUAUAACAUUAGAUGUUCCUGAUAGUACCACUGAACAACAAAAUUUCCAAAGUAAUUUUCAAGUAAAAUUAACAGAACCAGCUCCAGCUCAGCAGCAGGCUCAACCCACAGAACAAAAACCUCCAUAUCAACCUUUCAAUGAAGGAGAUUUCGAAUUUUUAAAAUAUUUAAGUUAUGAAGAAUUACAACAGAGGAUGAACACUUUGGAUUUAGACAUGGAGAGAGAGAUAGACGAACUUCGUAAGAGAUAUGAAAUCAAGAGACAACCUAUUCUAGAUGCAAUGGAUACAAAACGUAAAAGAACCCAAAACUUUUAAUGAAAAAAAAAAUAUGAACUUUCUAAUAAUUACUUUUGGGUGCUCAAAAAGUUGUUUUAAACCUAUUUUACAGGGUGAACUAAAAUCUGAAAUUCCUAUUGGGAAUUAUAUAGUUUUCCAAAAAAGUUAAAAUACACCCAAAACCGCAGAUAUAAAUUGGUAUGACGAAUCACAUAAAAGAAUAUGAUUUGAGAGGAUUUGCCUCGUACUCAUUCAGUUUCUUACUAACCCUUUUAGUGCCAUACAUAUUUCACCAAUAUGUGCUAAAAAUGCCAGUAAAAAAGUGCAUUUUCAUAGAUAACUAGCUGAGCCGGCAGACUUCGUACUGCCUCAAUCGAUAAAUAAAAGACCUAAACUUUUUUUAUAAAAUAAAGUUAAAACAAACAAAAGGAAUCCUUUUUUUUAAAUUAAAACAAAUUAAAAAAAAUGCUCGGUAUGAAUGAAGUUUUAUUAUUAUUUUCGAUUAAUUACACAUGAUGUUGUUUACUUACAAAACAGUUUUCCUGAAUAAUUGGCUAUUUAUAAGGUUUCAAUUUGAUAUUGACAGACACACACAGUUAUUAUAUAGUCUGUUAAUGAGCUUAGAGCUAUUAUUCCAUAAAUAUUGAACACUACUUUUUUCCAAAACUUCACUAUCUUUUUUUUCAUCUAAGUAUGAAUAUAGCAUUUUAUCAGAUUCAUCCACACAACCCAUGAAUUGAUUGUAGAUGGUUUCAAAAUUUCCACUUUUCUUUUUUACUGUUAUAUUUCCAACAUUGCUAUCAGUGGUAACAAGGAUGAAUGGAUUUUUUAUGGGCUGUUUAUCGCUUUGAGAACACAUUAGAAUUCCUCCAUUACUAAAAUAUUUAGACUCACCAACUUUCGUUAUUUGUAUUUCUUUGGGUAUAAGCUUUCUAUUGCGCCUUAUAGUGCCAGUUAUGUAUGUCACUUUCUCCAAAAGUAAUCAAAAUCUGUUCCUUGAAAACAUUUUAGAAAACAACGGAUUAUGACGUGAAUUCAUAUUCUUGUGCGCUCUUGUGAUAACCCUUUCCAGGAUUUCUGCCACAAAUGCUUCCAUCUCUGGUCUUGUGUGUGCAAAAAAUAUUAAAAGUAUACCGAUUGGUUUCGAUAACCAUUUUGUUAUACAAAAACUCUGUGAAAAAUAAAUUAAAAUACUCCGGUGUGGCUGCGUCAUCUUGAGGUCAACAUAUUUCAAGAAAUGCAUGCUGAGUUGGUUUUGUAAACGUGGCAUUUGAUGAUAGUUCCACAAAUUGCGUAUUUGGUUGUGUUGUAGUUUCGAUAACCGUUUUGUUAUACAAAAACUUUGUGAAAAAUCUUGACAGGAACCACAAUAUCACUUGCGCAAUCGCUCUCAUAAUCACUAAGGCAAUUUUCAAAAUGUUCUUUCGCUUCAACGUCUGUAUCUGAAAAUUCACUUGUGUCCGAUAUUUUGAAAUCAAAAUUAGAAUUAUCAAAAAAAUGAUAACCCCAAUGUUAUAAAAAAUAUGCGAUCGAAGAUAGUUAGGAUGCAAUAUAAUGAAUACAAAUACGAACACGGUAACACGUCGUUACCUGCGCGUGCCAAAAGUGAACUGGCAAAAGGAGCACUAAGCGACGCUGGCAUUUUUCACAACUAACGAGAGGAGCGCUACAGCAAUCUUUGGCACUAAAAGGGUUAAUUAACAAGGCUUGAUGUUUCGAGUUAAUUUAGUAUCAAAAAUUCAUAAAAUGAAAACGUAAAAACCAUUCAAAUUAUUUAUUUUCUCUUACUUUUGUACAUACAUACAAUUAGUGUAUUUUUUUAACAGAUCAACUUGCAUAUUGUUGAAACUGUAUUCUUAGAUAUGUUUUUGUUUGGUGCAUUGAAAUGUUCUACAAUAAGCACAUAAAAAAGACCUAAAUUUUUUUCAAAAAUAUAGUUUGUAAAUGACAGAAGUAGAAUAUUUCAAAACGUUUCGAAUUUUAUUCAAUGCUUUAUUAAUUUUUGAUUCGUGUGUUUCUUUUGUAUAACUUCUCCGAGAUGGACUGUGGAUAAUUCUAAAUCAUUCUAUAUACAGGUAAAUCAAGGAAUCGAAAUUUUCUAGACAUAAAAAUAUCAAAUUUUCUAUUUAAUUAAUAUGUAGUAUUAACAAAUUAUGACAAUAUUUCAAAUCAAACAUAAAAUACUUGAUAUAACAUUAUCACCUUUUUCUGAAUAAAUUUUAGAAAAUAAAAUAUUACUUCAUUUGUAUUUAAUAUUAGGGGAAGGUGGGGUAAGGUAUUUCAUAAAUAAAACUCUCUGUCUUUAAUUGCACAAUGUAGGAACUUUUAUUCAGAAAAUCAUGAGUCUUUCUUCCUAUAAUUAUAAUAAGUCAAAACAAAAAAAAUUAGUAUUCUCUUAGAAAUAUCAACUUUAAUAAAAUAACUUACCCCACCUAUAGCGUCGUUCUCUUCACAAAUCGGGCAAAUAUGGACAGUUUCGUCAUUAUUAUCUUCCACUCCUGCACAGCAAGACUUACCGCAAAUCUGGCAGGUGAUCCAUCCUUCAGAAGACUCAGAAUACAAGCCGUGGCAGUCAGACAUUAUGUAUCUUCGUUAUCUGAUGUCUGAGCUCCAUCGUCAGCUUUCUUUGUUUUUUUAGAUCUCUUGUUUGUAUUUUUCAUUUUAUUUUUGUUUGUUGCCUUUGGUAUCGAUUUCAUACUGUUUUGUCUUUCUUCUAAUUCUGUUUUAUAUGAAGAAGCAGUGAUAAUAGCUAUUUCUCCUCUUCUUCGAACUUGCCUUAGUCUUUUUUCGACAAUUCGUGUAUAAGACAUCAACUGUUUCAGUUGGUUGAGGUAGAGUGUUUGUUGAAGAAUUUAAGGCAAUGCCGGAGGCCGUUUGUGUAUCAGGAGCUGACGAUAUUACUAUAAGUGGAACUGAGUUGUAUUAACUUCAGGUUCCUUCUCAGCGUUCAAAUGACUUCGGUGGCCUCUAGCAAUGAAAUCGUCUUCGGUAAAAAUUUGUGUAUUAUAAGGCUAGAUCCCACAUGCAUUAAUUGCAAUUAACAUUGUUGCUGCCCGAAUAAACGCUCCCCCUAGAAGUUCAGCCCCAAAUACUAAUUUAUACCACAAUACCAACACUCAUAUUCACACUUAGAUAUUUUGGAACUCGAUAGUAUGAAUAUGAUUGUUGAAGCAGUGGCAAUAUGAAUAUUAUCAACUUUUCCAGAAAUCCCUACUUAAUUGUAUAGACCAGGGGUCUCCAAACUACAGCCUGUGGGUCAGAUCUGACUAAUGGUUUCGAACCACCAUCAUUUUCUACAACCUUUGACACAAAUGCGACCAUUUCUUUAUUUUCGCCACACAUAUUUUUGCUUCCAUUGAUGGUGAUAGAUAUCAAGUUUUUCCAUUGAAGGUUCUUUUUAAUAAUGGCAUUUUCAACUUCCUUAAAAAUAUCUGCCUCAAUUGUCGUGCCGGGAAUACUAUCAAUAUAAAGAAGCUCUUAAUACACUUCAAAGCUUAUAUCUACUCCACGAGUCGAAAUCAACACCUGAGCAGUAUCUGACAGUAUCUGACAUAUCCGUGGACUCAUCCAGGCCAGAGAAAACCAUUCAAGAUGUCCAUUUUUGUCAGACAUUUGAGAUAUUUUCUUGCACCCUCCAAGCCACGGUGUUUGCUGACAAACUGACACCUUUCAACUGGCGCGAGUUGCAGUCUCUUGCUCAGUAUUUGCUUUGGAAAACAAAGAUUGCUGCGAUUUCAGUCCGCGCUUCAAAGCCUCAAAUUUUUCUGUCCGCAAACGUCCUAUAUAUUUAAAGUAAUUUUAAUGAUGUUUCGAUUCAUAGUGACGUUUAAUGUUAUAUUAUUUGAGAACAGCUAUAGUUUCAUUACAAAUUAGACAUGGCGCUGUAUUAUUGCACUCAAUCACAAAAUACUCAAAGUUCCAUUCAUCAUUCCUCUACAUUCACUGUCUAUUUUUCGCUUCUUUCCCAUACUAAUAAAUCACAUAUAAAAACAAGUCUAUCAAAAAUACUCUUAUGGACAGGUGUUACUUCAUUUCACAAUAGGCAGAUUUUUUCUUCAUCGGCAUUGACCUAGCCAGAAGUACAUGGUAUCUCUAUUCGCCACUAGAUGUCAUUACGUGUCACAAUAUACAGUAGUAAUUAAAAUGCUAAAAAGACUAGGUUUACUUAGGGGGGCAUUGUUUUGGCCCUUGGAACAUACCGAAAAAAUUAUACUGGCCCGAAAGUUUGGAUACCCCUGGUAUUGAUAAUCGAUUCCUUGUCUACCCCGUACAUUAAUGCCAUAUUAAUCUUACAUUCGGUAAAUAUCUUAGCGAUAUGUAACAAAUUUUAGUAAAGGUUAUCUUAGACUGCCUUAUUAGGUUUGUACUUUAAUUUGAAGUUUUUAGAUGACUUAUUAACACAAUCGGAAAACCAACUGUCACAAUUAAGUACAACCCUUUCAUUUACUAACUAUCAAACUAACUUUCUUUAAAAAUCGUUAAGAAUAUGUGAGAGUUAAAGGCAGGUUUGUUAUGAUAGUUCACAACAUUACAUAUUCUUUCUGGAUUAUCAACCAGAAUUUUACUUUUGGAAUAUCUUCUGUUACCUUAUUACUAUCCAAUAGAACUGACGAUUUCCUAAUUUGUUAGCCUUGGUAAGAAAACACACACCCCACACUUUGUAUUAUUCAACUUUGUACAAUCUUCAGAUGUAAUUGAGAUAUUCCCCUUUAGAUCUAUCAAUCCACCAACUACAUUUUGUUUGGGAAAAGAAAGAGAGAAAAGUCCGGUUAUCUAUUAACUUUCCACAUUCCACUUAGGAAAGUUUGUGUUGAUACUUUGAUAUGAUUUUCCAUACUGGAAACAAUCACUCGUGGACCUAGACUUUGUAGAAAUAGUAAACAGUGUGUUCAGUAUGAAUAUUACCAAUAGUUCCAGAAAUUCUAAUUUAACUGAUAUGACAUUUAAUUUUCUUUAUUCUUUCCAUAACCUUUUUCUUUAUUUAACAGAGAUCCCUCUGAUUUAAAACAUGAUAAAACCGAUUUCUCUAUCCUCCGAGGUUCCAGCUCGGUUCUACGCAUUCUCGAGCAUGCGCAGUAUAGAUAAAGUGUCUGGAAUUAGAGAGAAAAUGGAUAUUAUCGACACUGUAACGUAGUCACGUUUAUUCCCAUACAAACUGUCCAUAUAGAAGUAUUACAUAUAUGACUUUUAGUGUAUCCUUAUUUUGUGACAUUCAAUUGAGUUGUGACAUGAUGAGAUGUUAAAAAGUAAAAAAACUAUUAAGGUUUUUGUGAUGAGUUUUUGUCUUUUCUAUAAAUAUGUUGUGUUCUUUUCCUUAUGUUAGUCAUCCCUGUAUGUAUCUAGUCACUCGAUAAUAUCUAUAUUAGGGUGGUCGUUAAAAGUUCAUUUUUUACGACGCCCCCUAAAAACCUAGUUCAUGAAAAUAAAACAAAGAUUUUUUUAUUUAAAAAGAACACUUGCCUCUAUACUAUCUAAGUUAAUUUUUUGAUGUAAUCAUCUUUUUUGUGAUUUUUGGGAAGUAUAAAAAAUUGCGGAACUAAAAUCAAUAAAAAUAACAAUAUUUGAUCAAAAUAACAAUAAACAAAAAUCUAAAUUUAAAAAUUUUUUCAACUGUUUUAGUGUUUAACCCAGCGGUGGUAGCGCCUCUUUUAAAUACAAAUUUGAUAGCGCUGGGUUCACCAGAUCCGAUAAGUAAAUAUGUAUUUUUAUAGAUAUUCAAAAAUAUUUUCCUUGUAAUUACUAUUCGAAUAUCUUAUAUAUACAUAUAUGUGAAUAACUUCGAUAAUAUAUUCUAAUUAUUCAACCCUACAUUUUGAUGCAAAAAAAUCAUUUUUAUUCUUAAAAAUAUUUAUUUAACAACCAAUGAAAUAUGCAUUCUAUUAAACGGAACAAAAAUUAAUGCUAAAACAAACUAAGAAUGAUAGAAAAAAUAAUUAAUUUAAACAUUUAUCACAAUAAAUAUUAACGUGUUUCAGGCAUAAAAAUGUAUGAAACUUUUUACAAUAGUAUUUUGAUUUAUUGUCAUUUUUACACUUAACACCGUAGCAGUAGACCCAUUUGGCAACUUUUCUGCAAUUAUAAUAUUUGUUGCUUCUUGACGUCUAUUUCUUACUUCCAGUGGUACAUUUUGAGCUGCUGAUCUUCUUUUCAAGUUUUCGUCUAAUAAUGAUAAGGCAAUGGUUAUCAAAAACUGUCUGCGUUUAAUAGUUUGAUCAUUAUUGUUAAAAUUGUAUAUGAUUUGUGUAUUUACACCUGCUACGUUCAUAGUUAAAUAGAAAAUUACCAAGUGGGCCACCUCCUGGUAUUACGUGCCACAUUGUACAACGAAAAAAGUUGGUCCAGUGUAUCAACUCCACUAUUUGUCAUAUUAUAAAAGGUGACAAUUUCUGGUUUAUAUUGAUGCACGAAAUCUUUAUCAAUCAUGUCGUUGUGGAGUAGACUGGAUGCUAAUAAGACAUUUUUAUUUUGUUCUGUCACAUACGACACAAGAGUAGUAUCUUCUUGAAAACCAAACAUACUUGACAAAAGCGGUCUUGGGGGUUCCACAGACCCAGCCUUACCACCGCAGGGUUAAAUAAAAAAAUGAAAGAUAUUCAAAUUGAUAUUUUGAUUUUAAAUUUACAUUUAUAUAAACUUCAUUUUAAUAUUUAUAUUUCUUCACUCAAAGCCUCGAGAAGUUUCUACUAUAAUCAUGUAAGAUUUGAAUGAGGAAUUGUUUUUCCUUCAUCUUUUGUAAAAAAAAUCUUUGUACUCUUGCAUUAGUCUCACGUUUAAUUAACUUAGAUCGUGUUAGGUAUGUGUUAUUUUCAAUGAACAAAAAAUUUCCAGUGUUUUUUCAUCAAAAAGAAGCUUUUUAGAAGGCGUUGCAAUAAUGUUAUUAUUAACGACCAUCCUAAAGUAUAUUAUGUUAAAAUUGAGAAAAAUGUUCAUUUUCUUUAUCUACUACGAAAAAUUCGUUACAAAUUGCUUUACUUCAUGCAAUAUAUGUCCAAUUAGCCGAUUUUAUUAGUUACGCAUUAUAAAUAUUUGUUAUUUUCUAUAUAUGUUGUACUUAAUAAUUUGGUUAAAGUUUAAUUGCGCCAUGUCCAUUAAAUGGGACACGCGAUAUUUAUUCUAUUGUAAACGUGAUUUCUUCUUUAUCAGAUAUCGUAUCUGACCCUUUGCAAAAAUGUGUAAAUUUCAGUUUAUAAACAAAAACAAACGCAUCACCGAAAAUAUUAAUGUUUUGUUGGCAAAUAAUACUCAUUGAUUCAAUUUGCACCAUAUAAUAAAAGUAUAAAUUUACUGUUGGGAGUUGGGUUCCCGAAAUUCAAGCACAUUACUUUUAUGAAUAUUUAUAUUGAUAAGAAUAUCCAGUAUUAAGAAUGAGAAUUUACAAUUUUCUGUGAUAUUCAAGCUCCUCUAAUAAAUUUGGGUGUUUCGGAAUUGAAAAUAAAGCUAUUAAACAAUAUAAAUUAUUGUCUUGAGACUGAUUAUCUUGUAUUAACCUAGUUAUUUAUUUAUAAUCCAUGUUGUUUUUGUUGAUAAGGUCUAUUUUACUUCAUACAUAUCUGAUAUUUUGUUUUGGGCGAUAUUUUAGUAUCAAUGGAAUCGAUAGUUAUUAUAAAACAUUUUGAAUUUGAAAAAUAAAAACUGCUUGGUAGCAAGGGCCUCAUUGGAUUAAAAAAUAAUUACAGAAAAGUUUCUAUUAAUUUGUGCCAAGUUAAAUAUUUUUUCAAAGAUAAUAUUUGAUAUUCAAAAAUCUAAUUUUAAUUUUCGUUUGGCCAACUUGUAUACACAAUAUUUAUAGGUUUUUUAUUGUAUAUACUAAAAAACUGCUAAUUUUAUUUUUUACAAUAUUUUCACACCUGUAUCAUGACAACUUGAUGUGCAUUGUUUCAAGAUUUAAUUUUUGCAGGGGUUCUGAUACACAUUAUUUAUAUUUGGAAAAUUUAUUAGUUUUUAUCGACUUUCCCCAACAUUAUUUGUACAGACUUCUCACACUACAAUUGUAACUUUAGAUUUAACCUUUGUACGAUAAGUACGCUUGCUGUGCCUUUAGUAGAUCUAAGUAGUUUUAGAUUGAAUUAGGAUUGUAUUCAUAUUUUUUGAUCAUCCUGAAUAAAAUUAACAUGAAAAACCA